CGGCGGCCGUGCCACGUACACGGCAGCCCAUUGGCCCGCCUAUGCUUACGUCACCGCCACUCCGGGCGGGCCUGAGUUUGGGGCCAGCGGCCCUCCAUCCAGCCUCGCAUCCUGGUUUGCGGCGCGGCCCGCAGGUCGGCGUCAGGGCGUCCUGGGUGGCCAAGACAGAUACUGACAGGUGCUGGUCAGUCUGCCAGGUGAAGGACGCGGGGCUGGGCCCGGCGGCUGGAGUGAGCGACAGGGGUCGACCAGGCGGGCCGCGGACACCUCGGAGCCCGGGACUCAGUGUCCGGCCGCCCGCAGGCGCGAUGAAGGCGCUGAUCUUGGUGGGCGGCUACGGGACGCGCCUGCGGCCGCUGACGCUCAGCAUCCCGAAGCCCCUGGUGGACUUCUGCAACAAGCCCAUCUUGCUGCACCAGGUGGAGGCGCUGGCCGCGGCGGGUGUGGACCACGUGAUUCUGGCCGUGAGCUACAUGUCUCAGGUGCUGGAGAAGGAGAUGAAGGCGCAGGAGCAGAGGCUAGGAAUCAGAAUCUCCAUGUCCCAUGAAGAGGAGCCUUUGGGGACAGCUGGGCCUCUGGCACUGGCCCGGGAUCUGCUCUCUGAGACUGCAGACCCUUUCUUCGUCCUCAACAGUGACGUGAUCUGCGACUUCCCUUUCCAAGCCAUGGUGCAGUUCCACCGGAACCAUGGCCAGGAGGGCUCCAUUUUGGUGACUCGAGUGGAGGAGCCCUCCAAGUACGGCGUGGUGGUGUGUGAGGCCGACACAGGCCGCAUUCACCGGUUCGUCGAAAAGCCGCAGGUGUUUGUGUCCAACAAGAUCAACGCAGGCAUGUACAUCCUGAGCCCUGCCGUGCUGCGGCGGAUCCAGCUGCGGCCUACAUCCAUUGAGAAGGAGAUCUUCCCUGUCAUGGCCAAGGAGGGGCAGCUAUAUGCCAUGGAGCUGCAGGGCUUCUGGAUGGACAUUGGGCAGCCCAAGGAUUUCCUCACCGGCAUGUGCCUCUUCUUACAGUCACUGCGACAGAAGAAGCCUGAGCAACUGUGCUCAGGUCCUGGCAUUGUGGGCAACGUGCUGGUGGAUCCAAGUGCCCGCAUUGGCCAGAACUGCAGCAUUGGCCCCAACGUGAGCCUGGGUCCUGGCGUGGUGGUGGAGGACGGUGUGUGCAUCCGGCGGUGCACAGUGCUGCGAGAUGCCCACAUCCGCUCCCACUCCUGGCUCGAGUCCUGCAUCGUGGGCUGGCGCUGCCACGUCGGCCAGUGGGUUCGGAUGGAGAACGUGACGGUGCUGGGCGAGGACGUCAUAGUUAACGACGAGCUCUACCUCAAUGGGGCCAGCGUGCUGCCCCACAAGUCCAUUGGCGAGUCUGUGCCAGAACCUCGAAUCAUCAUGUGAGGGGCUGCUCGGGGCUGGCUGAGCCCCCAUUAUUGACAAGGAGAACACUGGCUUGACCCGUCAGAAGGCCCUGGACUCGCUGCCAUUUGUCUGGGAGGCUCAGACAAGGCUGAAGCUGUUGGACACCUGCCUUCUCCUGUGGACAUAAUCUGGCAGGAUCCUUGCUGGGCACACCCCACAAAGCCCACUCCCUGAAGAAGGGCCGGGCCAGGGCUGUAUGGAAUAAUAAUUUAAUGCUCACUGUG